AUAUAUUAACCCAUUUGUGACGUCACACAUCUGUUGCUGAGAUUGCUUAGCAAUCUGCAAGGCGGAGAUGAUCAGUCUCUCCCCUAAUAUUUACAUUUUUUUAUAUUAAAUCUUGGAUUACCACGAUGAAUAUCAGGUUGUUUCUGAUAUUUGUGGUAAUGUUGAGCGCGAUGCACCAAGGCCCUGCUGCUUAUCGGGACUUUACGUGUGUGGAGCCCGAACCAGGAUAUGCCAAAAGGUUGUUUUAUUAUUUUACCUCAAGAGAUGUGGAGAGAAUCUGUCCAGCGGGAGCUGAUUUGAUAUGGCGAAUCGGGAAAGAGGUUUUUAUUACCCUCCUGCUCGUGCUGAUAACUUUACUGUUGGGUUAUGCACCGUCGAUUAGAAACGGCGCCAAGGAGAAAUGGACAACCAUGUUUUCCAUGUUCCAGGCAUGGAGAACCCGUCCUUCCCGCUGUCGUCAUUGUGGAACUGCCCCAUGCCAGGUUAAAAGGCGGUCGCUAUGGAAACCCUCCGGAUCUCGUAGAAAGGAUGAGGCAAAUUUCGCAAAACGUUCCAACGCAAUGAUGUUAUUUAACUAUGGGCUCGAGCUGUCUGUGGUUUUAACUAAAGAACUCCCUCAGGAUGACACGUACUGGGAGAGAAAGUUCUGUCAUAAUUUUGAGGAGAAGCAUAUGGUUUUAUUUCCACUGUGCAUCCGGCGACAAAUCGACUAUUGGUAUCCCGUUCCUCGCUAGGUAUGUAUAAUUGAGGAUGAUGAUGAUGAUGAUGGUGAUGAUGAUGGUGAUGAUGAUGAUGAUGAUGAUGAUGAUUGAUGAUGAUGAUGAUGAUGACGGCGGCGAUGAUGUUUUUUACCCGUUACAUUAAACAUAUUUAUAUAUAUAUCCACUAUAAUUAUGUAUUCAUCUUUUACAGAUUUAUUGCAACGAGAAUGUUCCCGACGAGAGUAGAUGUUGGAAAAGACGUUGUGUGGGCGAUUUUUGCGAUUACUCCAUGUUGAUCACACCCUGGAUAUUAAUGUACAUUAGGUUGGAUCAGUUAGAUAGAACCGAUCAUGACCCCGAUAUAUUUACAUGUUGAUCACACCCUGGAUAUUAAUGUACAUUAGGUUGGAUCAGUUCAGAUAGAACCGAUCAUGA